AUACCCUGCCAUCGCAUAUGAGCCCGACCCUACGUGUAUAAAUUUCGAUGAAAGCCCAUCCCAAAACGGAAGACGAUCACGAUUCACGAAGCGAAGGAUGGCUACGAAACCCGGCCUCUUAACCGAAUGGCCAUGGCACAGGCUCGGAAAUUUCAAGUACAUUGUUUUGGCGCCAUGGGUAGUGGAGAGCGUGUAUUCGUACGUGACAAAACCGGAAGGAGAGAGGGAUCUGUCCAACUUGCUGAUCUUACCAUUCUUGCUGUGGAGAUGGCUGCACAAUCAGAUCUGGAUUAGCUUAUCCCGCUUCCAAACGGCUCGAAGCAAGCACAGGAUCGUACACAAGGGUAUUGAUUUUGAGCAGGUGGACCGGGAAAGUAACUGGGAUGACCAGAUCAUUUUGAAUGGGACCUUUCUCUACAUGUUUAGUAAGUUCGUACCCGGAUCCGAUCACUUACCGUUUUGGAACACGGAGGGGAUAGUGAUGAACAUAUUCCUGCAUGUGGGCCCGGUGGAGUUCCUCUACUACUGGUGUCACAGAGCGUUGCACCAUCACUAUCUGUAUUCUCGGUACCACUCCCACCACCAUUCCUCCAUUGUUACAGAGCCCAUAACAUCUGUGAUACAUCCAUUUGCGGAGCACUUGCUGUAUUUUGUACUGUUCACAAUACCUAUGAUUACCAAUGUGAUGACAAGGACCAACUCCAUCGUAGCAAUGGCUUGUUAUGAAACAUACAUAGAUUUCAUGAACAAUUUGGGCCAUUGUAACUUCGAGAUAGUUCCCAACUGGCUCUUUCGCAUCUUCCCCCCUCUCAAGUACCUCAUGUACACUCCCUCGUUCCAUUCUCUCCAUCACACACAAUUCCGUACAAACUACGCAUUGUUCAUGCCAAUGUACGAUUACUUAUACGGUACUGCAGACAAGUCGUCAGAUUCCCUAUACGAAACCUCCCAUAAAGGGAAUAAGGUAAUGCCAGAUGUGGUCCACCUGACCCAUCCAACCACAUUGCACUCCAUCUACCAUCUACGGCUAGGAUUUGCUGGCUUCGCCUCCAGACCUUAUGCUUCCAAAUGGUACCUGUGGAUGAUAUGGCCGCUGACAUGGGUUUCCAUGUUAUUAACAUGGGUAUUUGGCUCCACCUUUACUGUGGAGAGGAACAGGUUAGAUAAACUCAAAAUGCAGACGUGGGCCAUACCAAGAUUCACCUUCCAGUAUCUAUUGUCAUGGCAAAGAGCUACGAUUAAUGGCUUGAUUGAGAAAGCCAUACUAGAGGCUGAUGAAGGUGGGGUGAAGGUUAUAAGCUUAGGCCUUCUAAACCAGGGAGAGGAACUAAACCGAAACGGCGAGCUAUAUCUACAAAAACACCCAAAACUCAAGGUUAAGAUCGUCGACGGGAGCAGCUUGGCAGUCGCCGCUGUGCUUAACAGCAUUCCACAAGACACAAAGCAGGUUCUUCUGAGAGGGAAUCUCACUAAGACAGGUUACGCUGUUGCGUUAGCCUUAUGCCAGAGGGACAUCCAGGUAAUGACGGUUCGAAGGGAUGAAUUCGAGAAGAUGAAACUGCGUUUCCCUGCUAAGUUGGGCAGCCACUUAGUCCUUUCAAGUAGUUACACCUGUGAGGUAUGGUUGGUGGGAGAUGGACUGAGGGAGGAAGAGCAAAGGAAGGCAGCCAAAGGCACGCGCUUCAUUCCCUUCUCUCAGUUCCCUCCAAAGAGAGUGCGCAGGGACUGUGUUUACGACAGCACUCCGGCGUUCGUCGUUCCAAAGGCACUUGAGGACAUGCACGCGUGUGAGAACUGGCUGCCGAGGAGGGUGAUGAGCGCAUGGCGUGUCUCUGGAAUAGUGCACGGGUUGGAAGGAUGGGAUGUGAACGAGUGUGGCGACUUGCUGUUCGACGUCGAGAAAGUAUGGAGUGCUGCUCUUAAGCACGGUUUCCUGCCCUUGUCGCACGCUUGAUUGUCUCAUAUAGAAGAAAAAAGCCCAGAUAGAGAUCUCAAUGUAGGUGGCUAUAUAUGAAUGUUUCUAGCAUGUGUUACUGCUAUGUAAUAUGAGAAUUUAAAAUAACAUAAGGCUACAAUACAUAUCUCCUUAAGCUAGUAGAUUAUUUGUAUGACGUGUGUACCAUUAAGGAAAUAUGGCAAUAGAUUAGUUUGCUAUUGAGAUAUGAGGGUGUGUGAUUAGAAGGAUUACAUGGAUCCAAAACAUAUGCUCUCCAGUAGCGAGAUGUUUGAUGAAUGCUUGUAUCGUUUGUAUCAUAACACUGGAUUCAUUAGUCCAUCGUAUCAAUAAAUUUGGCAGAUGCGCCUCCAACUUCA